AUGCGUGAAUAUAAAAUAGUUGUGUUAGGCAGCGGUGGCGUGGGAAAAUCUGCCCUGACAGUACAAUUCGUACAAGGCAUCUUUGUGGAGAAAUAUGACCCAACCAUAGAGGACAGCUAUCGGAAACAAGUGGAGGUGGAUGGGCAACAAUGCAUGCUGGAAAUUCUUGACACAGCUGGAACGGAGCAGUUCACUGCAAUGAGGGAUUUAUACAUGAAGAACGGUCAAGGUUUCGUAUUAGUGUACUCCAUCACAGCACAGUCGACGUUUAAUGACUUGCAGGAUCUCCGAGAGCAAAUUCUUCGAGUGAAAGACAAAGACGAUGUACCGAUGGUCCUUGUGGGCAACAAGUGCGACCUGGAAGCAGAGCGCGUGGUUGGCAAACAGCAGGGAUCCAACCUUGCCAACCAUUUCAAUUGCGCCUUCAUGGAGACCUCGGCGAAGGCCAAAGUUAACGUAAACGACGUGUUUUACGAUCUGGUACGACAGAUUAACAAGAAGUCGCCAAAAGAGGACAAGAAACCAUCAAAGGGACCUGUUAAAUGUGUCCUCUUG